AUGCCGUCGGCGUCCGCGGUGGGGCGGCCAUCGACGCCCUGCGGGCUGCGCGGGGAUCGCACCUCGUCGGCGCUGCAGGUGGCUCCGUCCGCCAUCGAGUUCUCGGCCUUCGAGCGAGGCGCGUGCUACGUCGCGACUCUGAGCGUGCGCAACGCCAGCGACCGCGUGCUGCGCUUCCGGUUGGCGCCGCCGCCCCACGCGUCGCCGUUCCGAGUCUUACUGCGCGGUCGGGACCUGGCCAGUACCGAGAACGCCACGGUCACGCUGCCCCCGGGGCUCAGCACCAAGUACGACGUCGCGUUCGAGCUGCCAGAGACCGAGGAGUCCAAUUCAAUCGACGACGACCAUGAAGGGGUCGAGUCCACGCCCGCCAUCGUCCACGACGCGCUGCAGCUCCGCGGAGACGACGGGUCCGCUCUUGAAGUGCCGCUUAUAGCUCGACGCGCGUGUCCGUUGCUGGAGGUGACGCCGGCGCUGUGUGAACUCGGGCCCGUGGUGCUCACCCAGCGGUCGGCGCGGUUCGUCGAGGUGCAGAACUCGGGUGCCAGGCCGGGCAAGUUCAUCGUGGACGUGCUGGAUGCCGGCAAUCAGCUGAGCGCUGGUAGUACUCAGGGCAGUUCACGCGCGGGGAUCACCGUCAAACCGCAGAGAGGGAGAUUAAUGCCGCAAGAGACUGUUAAUGUCAAGGUGGAGGCGAACGGGCUCGAGACGGGCGCGUUCCGAGGAAUUGUGCGCGUUCGGAUCUGGGAGUGCAGAGGCGGAGAAGAGGAAGAAGACGACGAUGUGGUUGACGCUGCAGCGGCGCAGGACUCUGGUCGUGGGAGUGCGAGGAGUGCGGGCGGGUUGCCGCUUCCGUCUGCAGAGAAGAUCAUCGACGUGUCAGGGACGGUCGUGGAGCACACGGCGGAGCUGGUACUUCGACAGGGUCUUGAACCGGUGCAGUCGCUGUUCUUUGGGUCGUUAUUUGCUGGCGAGACGCGGACGAUCGAGACGCUGCUGCGCAAUAACGGGCCGCUGCCGCUGACGUUCAAGACUUCGAUCAGUUUUGGCGGUGGUGGAGGCGGUGGAGGCCCAGCGACGGGCGUUGAGGAGGACCGAGAAGCGUACGAACGACGCACAGAGCUGCGCAUUACUCCAGCCGACGGCUGCAUCGACCCCUUCAGUGAAGCCUUCGUCACGUUCGUGUAUAAGCCAAGAGCCAAGACUUCGGAGGAAAUUCAACGGAUUGAGCGGAAGCAGGGCGGCGCGGGGUUUGAUAACGAGAAUGAAGCUGACUAUGGCGCUUCGUCAGGCAGCAACAGCAGCUCGGACUCGUCCAGUUCCCCCUUCAUGCUGCUCCCGGCCCCCGCACAGCCUCUGAGCGCCUUCGCGUCCAUCAUCUGCGAGGACUUACAGGCUCAAAACUUGACUUUCGAGGUCUCAGCCAAGACUUACAUCCCUCGGCUGCAGCUCUCUCCGACACCGCCGUUGGACUUUGGCGACAUUCGUUCCUACGAUCGCGCGGAUAUUUUGCUGUCUCUGAAGAACCUGUCGGGGCUGCCCGUGCGCUUCGAAGUCGACAAAGGCGUCGCUCACUACUCUAUAAGUCCACGCGCGGGCCGCCUGGACGUGCUGCAGUCGCAAAGUCUCGUGGUAAGCUUCGCCCCGACGCAGCUUGGAACGUUCAACAGCAUUUUGUCGCUGCGCAUCAACGACGGUGUGCUGGAGAUCCCCGUGAAGGUGCUGGGACGAGCGGCUGUGGUCGGCCCAGUGCCCCCUGUCAGGGAGCGACUUGUAGGCGGUCCAACGGCGCUCCCCGCCGACUUUGCGCCCAAGUACAAGUUCCUCCUGCCAGAAGAGGCAAAGCAGACGAAGGGGAAAUUGUCAAAACGCUUUCGACGCCAGCCUCCGUACGAACUCGCAGCUUUGAACGGCACUGCAGCGCUGGACGAGUUUGAGUUCCAAGGCACGAACAACACGCAGUUGACCUACUGCGUCAAGGAACUGGCGCGUCGUGCCGACCAUCGAGCCGCGUACAACGACUACCUCGCUCAAUGUCGAGUUCAGCGAGAAGCUAAAGCUAAAGGGUGGAAGGGGAAGGCCCAAGGACUCAAGUCGAGUGUCGUUCAAGCUCGGGGCAACAACCAGGAAGACGACGACGGUGUUCCCAGCUCAGGAGGUGUCGAUCUCGGAAUGGAUCGAGAGAGCAGGCCCCAACCACAAGAGCUACGCCUGCCUCCAUCCCUGAUGAAGCCGAACGAGCCGCUCUGGCUCAACCAGCAUCCUGCAGGGGGGAAUGCGGGGCUGUCGAAGGCCUUUUUCGACGAGUUCAAGCUGAUUAAGAAGAAAUUCAAGUCGGCACCGGCCACGCCAGCGGAGCUAGCGGACUGCGCUAGAACACUGGAGUUCGACGAGCUGGAGCAGGUCGUUUCAGGUCCAAAGACUCUCAACUUUGGGCGGUUGAGUGUCAACGGCAGCGCGACACGCAGUCUCACGGUGCAGAACAACCUGCAGCACAACGUUCUCGUCGCUCUGCACUUGGCUGCAGGCGCGACCAAUAAGGACGGCACGCCGGGACAGAUCGAAGAGCUCGCUCGCAAGACAACUCUGACGUCGCAAGUUGUCCCCCCGCACUGCAAGGCGGGGUUUGACUUGGUUUUCUGCUCGUCACGUGAACAAUUCUUCCAGCAGGCGAUCACGUACUCGCUAAACGGAGUUCACCCGCGUCAGGUCACCAUCGUCGCGGAGGUCGCACCUAUCGUGGUCGAAUUGGCGCCAGAAGAGCUGCGCUUUGACUUCGGAGCGCUGGACCUGAGCACAUCCGUCGCUCGAGACGUGGUCAUCACCAACACUUGCGACUCUGAAGCUCCGUUCGUUUGGACGCGCUUGCCACUACUUGCCACGCCUGACGGAUCGACUCGCCCCGACUCCUCCAAGAGCAACGCGACAACCACAGUCACCACUAACACGAUGGCCGAGAAAGGAGCAAGCGCUAAUGGCUCAGUAGCUCCAGUGUUUGAGGUUCUGCCAGCCAGUGGAACCCUCGGCCCAUCGGCUACGAUGGUCUGCAAGGUCAUCUACCGGCCUCCAUCGAUGUCUGGGCUGGCCAUGACGGCGUUGGGGAUUUCACAGAGGAGUGGAGCGAUGUGGCUGGCCCAAAUGUUCCAGUUAGACGUCACAGGCGGGGAGAAGGGCAUACUCAACUGCCGAGCGCUGCUGCCUGACGUGAAGAUGGUGGCUCGGGAGAAGAAGGUGGACUUUGGCACGAUUUCCGUCGGCGUAGAGCGCGACAAGCGCAUCACUUUGUCCAACCUGGGCAUGCACACGAGAGCGGUGUUCUACGCGAGUGUAGACCCUCCGUCAAUGACUACAACGAUCGGACUGCAAGUGAGUUCCGCGCAAGGUGUGGUAGAUCCGCAAGAGUCGACUGAAUUGGUCGUGAAGCUGCUACCUCAUCGUGCCAUCACGUUGGACGGAACUACCAGUGGCUCUCACCAGGUGAACAUCGUGAUAACCGUACGAGGAGGCAAAGUCCUUCGCCUUCCAGUGACCGCCUCCGUUCUAGUACCGGACGUCUUCCUCGCUCCAGUCGAGGCUAUCGACUUUGGAGAGGUCGUUUUGGGCGUCUCUGUCCCGCGCGUGAUCUCGCUCGAGAACCACAGCUCCAUCCCUGCCUGCUUGUUGCUGGACUUGGGCUCUUCCGCCUUCUCGGACGAGUUCGCAAUCGCUACGCCGCCGAGGUUGAUCGCGCACCUUGAAGACGCCAGCAACAUCUUCGUGCCUUUGACCGACGACAAGCCCAGACAUGGUGGAGCCAACACCCAGGACGGAGAGGCCGAUACAGAUGACGACCUGUCUGCGCGGUGCGUCAAGUGGCAGAUCUGCUUGCCGCCGCAUUCCACGGUGUCGUGUCACCUCGUGUUCACACCACUGAAAGAGGGCAGCCAUGACCUUGUCCUCCCGCUCCAGAUCGCUGGAGUAGGGUCAAGUUCGGGCCCCAACAACGGAGCUCCUGCACCACUUCGACGUCGAGUAAUAGCGCGAGCCAUCGUACCACGACUGCGGUUCUCCUCCUCGACCAUGCACUUCAACCGCUGCGUUAUCACACGUGAAGGCAUCCGGAAAGUCCCGUACACGAAGCAGCUCGUGCUCACGAACGAUGACGCGCAGCCGAUUCGAUGGCAGAUUGAUACAUCGCGCUUGAGGCAAGGGAAUCUCGUGACGUUCGCCGCUGGAGCCGCUGCAGCAGCGGCAGCAGCAAGCUCCGGCGCCGCAGCUCUUGCGAAGCGAAUUGCAUCAGCGAACCCGACGAAUAGCGCGACCGCAGUCGUGUUCCACGUCGCCCCUGAUUGUGGAGAAUUGGCUCCUGGAGAGGAAGUCACGAUUCGAGUGAGUUUCCUGCCGCUGGAUGCUGUCGAGUACGCGGAAGACGAGUUGCCGCUGCUAGUGGACGGUGGGCCGUACGUGAAUUUGAGUCUAAGAGGUGAAGGAAUCCACCCGCAUCUGUCCUUCUCGACUAAUCGGGUGGUGCUGCCUACCGUCCCGCUUGGAGUCACUGCAACCGCGCACAUCCAAGUUUACGCCACGGGGUACGACCACCUCGAACUCGCUUGUCGAGUGCCUCUGGAUACGUCACGAGCCCCGUUGACGGUGCUGUUUCCUCGUGGGAAAACGCUCAGUAUGGCGUGCCCGAGUCUUCCUGUUGAAUUGCGCUUCUCUAGCAGCGCCAGUGUGGCUUUCAACGCCAGACUCGAGUUCUUCGACGCCGACGGCAACUCGUUUGCACUGCCCGUAGCUGGCUGCGCAGAGAAUUGCUUGUUCACCAACUACAACUUUAUCCAGACUCAAAGGCUCGGUCCAGAGCUAAUGGAAGACGAAAGCUCCACCAGGCACGCUCUGCUCAAGCGGCAAUCGUCGUCCCUACUCUCUCUGCAGGUUUUACCCCCACCAACACCGCCCACGCCGUUCACCGAGGGCGAGAUUCAGCUGGUACUGCAAUACCUCAACGCGAACUUCCUGCGGACGCCUGUGGUUCGGUUCCCAGAGGGCUUCGCAGACAACGCCGGCUGUCCGUUGUACGAGCUGCUCGACAUGAUCUGCAUCAAGAAGCCUGGAGGGCUGGCUGUGCCUACGCUUCGCGGACCUGGCGCCGCGAAUGCCCCUACCAAGAGAAAGAACGCCGAUACUACGAACGCUUCAGGUGCUAACGCUAAGGCCACCGGAGCUGCUGGAUCCAGUUCAAACUCGAAUUCAUCGGCGCCACAGCCGUCCAAGAAGGACCAGCUCACGCAGUACACGAACCAGUACGUGGAGCUGCUGCGCUUCCUCCGCUCGUAUGGCGCCAUGGUCCACGACGUGCUCCCCGAGCACCUUCUCGCGCAAGAGUUCUACUUACGCGCCUGCGAGAGUCCUCAGGCUGAUCCCGCUCUCCUCUCGUCGCCUUCGUACGCCACCCUCCCGUUUGUAGCACGCCGACGGGCGCUCAAAAACGAAUGGCGAGCGCUGAGCACUGCCGCAUGGAUGAAGGUCAUCUACCAGGUGAUCAAGUGCUUCUUGCUCUCUCGUAUCACGUGGAAGGGCUACCAGAUGCAGCAACAAGGUGGGGCGGAGACUUCUGCUGGAGACGUCAGCGCACGCAGUGAUACCAAGCGCAAAGGUGAGAAGCCUCCAGUCUCCACAGGCCGCGCAUGUCAAGGUAGCAACGUCUACAGCGAGGCGGAGAUGGUGCUAAUCCAGUGGCUUUGCGAUCGAGUUCGCUCGCUACACAAGCCCCAACAACCCGCUGUGGCUCCGAUGGCCUCGUUAGGUGGUGCGCUACUCGAGACUCAGCUCCUGGAUAUCGGGCGUGACUUGAGAGACGGACGAUGGCUUUUCCACCUCGUGGCUGCCCACAUCCCGACGCUAUCGGUGGACCAGAGUGCUUAUCACUGCUUCCGAUGGAUGCCUGAGGCCUUGAGUUCACGGCCUCGGAGACCGCCUUCAGCCGCUCAGUUGCAGCAUCAAGCGGUUGUAUUGCUACAAACUCUGGGGGCGUUUGGGCUUGACUUCGGCUUGGACGCAGCGAGAUUCCUACGGCGAUAUACCGGUCGUGAGAUGUUGUUGCUGCUGCUUCACUUGCAGCAGACGCUGCCUCAGUUUAUCCCCAAGGCUACGAUCGAGUUCAAAGGAGGACUGGGUCAGGUGAUGGAGAAGAGUAUUGAACUCAAGAACCCAAGCGCGCGACCGCUGCGUUACCACGUCUUUCUGGACGGAGUGGAGAGGAAUUCAUCCGGUCCGAGUGGCGUAGGAGCUGCUAGUGGCGGCGCGGACUCCGCUGCGGCUAGCGAGUUUACGAUCGAGUCGAAUGAGCUCGUGCUUGAUCCUGGCAAAACCGUGGCGUUUGUAGUGACUUUCCGUCCGCGGUUCUCGAGGAAAGUGACAGCUCGUCUGGUCUUCCAAGCGGUUCGUGGGGAUAUCGCUGGAACGACGUCAAUCGGCGGAGGUGGAGCCACGAUGGUCUUCUUGCUAGAAUCCAACAUUGUGUCGCGCAAACCUGUGCGAAUCAUUCAACUCGAGACGAAGACGUACGAGAAGCGCGUGGAGGAGAUCAUGAUCGAGAACCAGUUUCCGGCUAAUGCCAACUUCAAGCUGUCCAUGACGCAGCAGCAGCAGCAGACGCCUCCAUCAGGGGCGGACACUGUUGUGAAUGGAAUGACCGACUCAGGUUCUAGUGCUACGACUACGGGUGUCUUGCCCUCUUCACGAGGUGGGAGUCGUCGACAAACGGUGCGAGCCCCAGCAGCAGCUUCACAGACGGGGAAUAGUACAGCCAGCUUUGGGAUGGGGUCGGACAUCGCGGCGUUCGGCAGCAAGAAGCAGUUUGGCACUGCAGGCAGGAACCGCGGAGAGGAUGCAGACUCAGCGUGGUGUAUCUGUGCCCAGCAGCCCUUCUACCUCCCAGACUUUGGCACGUCUGGAAGCAGCGGCAACAGCAACGGGGGCGGUGACGACGCGGAGGGUGGCGGUGGAUUGUCCGUUCCAGCGUCUGGACUCAGUGGCGCGUCUGUAUCAAUCCGGAAGAGCGGCUCUGCGAAGGUCAAGCUCGAGUUCUUACCUCUCGUGCCCGGGAACUACCGAUGUCAGCUGCUCUUCUUGGACGAAAACAUCGGCGAGUUCCUGUACGAAGUCCACGCGGUCGCAAGUCUGCCUGCAAGUCUGGAGACGCUGGAGCUGCAGUGUGAAGCGUCAACUGCAGCGAGUGGAGCUGCUGGCGCGGCGGCGGCGCGGUUCCGUUUCGUGAGAGAGCUGACGAUCCCCGUCAAGAACCCGCUAUUGAAUCGCGCACUCACAGUCUUUGUCGAGCGAGCUAACGGCCAUCUACGGACGAAGCUCAAGGACGGACUGAAGCGCUGCGAAGAGAACCACCACACGAGCUUCCAGGUGGACUUCAAUUCGCCGUACUUCACUGCCAAUGUCCCGGAGUUGACGCUUACCAAUGGUUCAGGCAAGCCACUUCCAGCUUCAGGUAGAUCUGAUGGAUCUGGGAUCGAUUCCUCGGGUCCUAAAGUCCCGCUCAAGGCCAACCAAGCUCGGCUCGGGACUCCUCGCUCCGUUUCCGCCGGUGCCAACAGCGUCUUGAUCGACUUCCAACCAAAAGGAGCUGGGCGAUACGCCUGUAAAUUGCUGCUUCGCUCUCGAAACACCACGUGCGGGAGCAGCGACUUGCGUGUGUACGACCUUAUCGCCAAGGUGAAGGAGCCCAACGUGAAGACGCAACUGGAGUUCGUGGCGCCAGCUCGCCACAGCAUCGUACAGGAGAUCCCGCUCUCCAACCCGACGGAUACGACGUGGUCGCUCAAGGCGAUCUUCAGCAACGGCAGCACUGAUAGCAAUGGCAGUGGGAAGCCUCUCGCGUCAAUGUUCUCCGGUCCACCGUCUCUCGUGGUGCCUGCGAAGCGAUCGGCUACGUAUCCACUGACCUUCACGCCGUCGUGGAUUUAUCACGAGACUCGGACGUUUGUGCUGUUGAAUACGGCCACGCAGCAGCAGUUCGAGUUUGAAUUGAGCGGCUACGGAGAGGAACCGCUCGCCCAGGACCACGUUGCUCUCAACUGCCAAGCUCGCUCCAGUAUCGUGCACAACUUCGACGUCUUCGCGCUCCCAGGCGGCGAGCCAAAUGCAGCGCAGGUUUUCAAGGUGGAGUCAGACCUGCGCGAUGUCGUCGGAGCGUCAACACUCACCGUACCAGCAGGUACUGGCGGCUCGAACCGCGUGGUCAAGUAUCCACUCACCUUCAGUCCGCUAGUGAGCGGCUCGUACUUUGGCUCCGUUACGUUCACGAACGAAGCCACGAAUGAGUAUCUCUGGUACACUGUUGAGGCGUCCGUCAGUCCUCCAGAACCCGAGACAACGCUCGAGAUGCGUGCAACUGUACGUGGCGCAGUGGGUGUCGAGAUCGGCUUGGCCAACCCUUUGGAUAAUGAGACCACAUUCGCGGUUGAGCUGCGUGGUCUGGGCCUUCUGGGGCCUUCGACCUUCACGCUGGAAGCUCGUCAGUCGGGCGUCUACGAGUUGGUCUACUCGCCUCUGCUUAUGACGACCGGGAGCGGGGAGGAAGGCGCCAUUCUGUUCUCUAGUGACGCAGUGGGGCAGUUCUGGUACCGAUUGAACCUCGUAGCAGAGCCUGCAGCAGCCCAAGAGCUGGAUGACAUGUCGUGUGCGGUCGGAGACGUCUGCACGCAGCCGCUUUGGCUGCAGAACCCCAGUAACCAAGAACUUCAGCUGCAGUAUCGUAUCACGAACACGAGGAACUUCUCCAUCAAGGGCUCCAACGCCUCCGCCAACGCCGUCAAAACGCCAACACGCGUGCUACUGCCUCCCUUCGGUCGUGCCAGCGUCGUCGUGGAGUACACGCCGUCCUCCUUGUCCGACUUUGAGAGCACCAGCAUCAUCUUCUACGAGAAAGACGUCGUGAGCGACUGGGAGUUCACGAUCCGUGGACGGGGGCGAGCGCCGAGUGUCAUGAAGCCGCUCGUAGUCACCGCUCGAGUCAAUGAAGCUGCGUCGACGCUGUUCACGUUCAAGAACCCGUUCGCCGGACCACUUCGCGUUGACGUGAAGCUCGUUGACGACGAUCCCGACGGGAACGGGUCGCCGCCUUCACCGCGUGGUGCGUCGCCCGUAUUCGAUAUGCUGCUCAAGAAACGCCGAGUACUGCUCGAGAGCUUUGGCCUUCUCCAGGUGCCGAUCUCCUUCCUGCCUCGAUCUGUGAGUGAGACACGAGCAGAGCUGGUAGUCCAUGGAGGAGACGACUACGCGGAGCUGGAGUGGCGAUAUCCCCUACGAGGAGUGGCUGAAGCGCCGAUCCACCCUCGAGUGCUGGCUGUGCUAGCUUGCCAAGCGCGUGACUCGGUCGAGAAGCGUGUCGAGUGCGAGCUACUCGCAGCUCCGGAUGACAUGGUGCCUUCGGACGAGACGUUCUCGGUCGAGUGGGAGAUUGAUGCCGGUCGCUUCGGCCCCAUGGCGACACCAGCGGCGAUCGAGCGUGCCUUGACUGUGACACCUUGGCCGGUGUCAUCCAGCUCGAGAUCGACUGUGAGUCUUCCCUACGUCAUACGCUUUGAGCCUCUGCGUCCUUAUCGAGGAUCAGUCGCGUUGUUGGUGAAAAAGAGCAGCGGGGGCCUAUGGCGUUUUGAUGUGGCGCUGGAUGCAGGAGAUCCUCCUGUUGACGACGUGUUGACUAUCGAGUCGAGCCUGAACCAGACUUCGUCCGUCAGCUUCCAACUGCGUAACCAGUUCCGACAACCGGCGGCCUUCCUGGCUGAAUUCUCAGCCGGCUCUUCGAGUGCGUUCACGGUGUACCCCGCUGAGGGGGAGCUGUCCCCGUACGGCAGCGAAGAUGGUGCGGUAUUCGUGGUAUCGUUCACGCCUACUGGCUAUGGCAAGAUGCAGUCGGGGCAGCUCGUGAUCUGCACGGAGGAGAUGCAGUGGACGUUCAACGUCAAGGGAACGUAUCCCGAUGCUACACCUGGCAGUCGAGCUAGUGGACCGGCGAGUAGUUUGAGUCUGAGCUCGAGUGCGUCGAGAGCGCGACUCGGAAUCACUAAUAGCAGCAGCGGAUCGGGUAGCAACAGCGAGCAACGAGUAGAGCGAGCUAAAGGACGUAGGAACAGAUAG